UCUGCAUCAGCAUUCAGCAGCUUCCUUCUGUAAGUAAAGAAGUCUCUCUCUGUCUCGCUUCUCUCUGCUCUCCGUCCAUGGCAGGCCUGAAGAGAGAGGUUCCCUCCGCUUCAGCUCGCGUUUCAUAAUUCUUCUGAAACUCCUUCAUGGUCUUUUAUUCCAACCACCUUCGUCAUCUUCUGCUUCUUAUGCCACUUCUGCUUCUGCAUUCCCCCCCACUGUCUCCAACCUCAAGAAGGCUCUGUGCUGUCGUUCUCGCUUUGCUUUGAAUCUGAAGCGUGAGUUUUCUGGAGGAUUUCCAUGGGAAACGCUAACGGAAGAGAAGUUGGAGACGCUGGCAGGGAUGGUCAUCGAUACGCCGCUGCUGAUCCUGGCCUCCGUGGGAAUUUCCUGUUGGAUUCUCGGCCUCCGGUUCGACCCACUUCCAGUGCUCCGCCGUCGAGGUUGCCGAUCUUGUCCGUUCCUCAGCCCCCAGUUGAUUUCAGAGGCCCAGAUAUUGAAAAGGAUCUAAUACUUCUGGUUGCUGUUGCCUCAUUUCCAAGAGGUAACGUCCCUCCUUUUCUCAAUCAUAUUAGGCAGAACGAAUCCCAUGGAAUUGUUGAUCAACCUCCAGAGCGACAAAUUCCUGUCAUACUAACAUGGCAUCAUGGUGGUAACCAUGUGUGUGUCGAGGGAUCUUGGGAUAAUUGGACACAUAGGCAGAUACUGCAGAGAUCUGGCAAGGAUUACUCGAUUUUAAUGGUCCUUCCAUUGGGCAUAUAUCACUACAAAUUCGUUGUUGAUGGCCAACCAAGGUAUCUUCCGGAGUUUCCUCAUGUAGCUAAUGAGAUGGGCCAUGUCUACAAUCUUCUUGAUGUUAAUGAUUACGUGCCUGAAAUCCCCAAAUGUGUGACUGAAUUUGAGGCUCCACCGUCUCCGGACUCUAGCUAUGGUCAGUCAUUCCUAACCGACGAAGACUUUGCAAAAGAGCCGGUGGCUGUUCCGUCGCUGCUACACCUCACUGUCCUAAACAAAGAGAACUCAAAUGUAGGUACUCCUUCAAACUCAAAGCCUAAACAUGUGGUGCUAAACCAUGUCUUCACUGAUGAAAACUCAGCCUGCCAGUCUGUUAUUGGCCUUGGAUUGACCCACAGGUUCCAAUCCAAGUAUGUAACAGUGGUCCUCUACAAACCACAGUACAAAAAGUAAGACACAAGGGAUGUAACAUCCUUUUCUUUUCUUCUUUCUCUCUUUCUUUUUUGGUAGCUUCAUCCUGUAAAAAUAAAAGCUUUAAGCAUACAAUAGGUAUAAGAACUUCGUCUUUUUAUAUUGGACCCUUGGAUGAUUCCCCAGUGGCAUCAUCUCAAUUCUCAAACCUUGCAGAAGGUUUUCAGAUCUCCUGCAUUCAUAAAAGAGAAUUAACAUGAUGCGUUUUGGGGGGCCGAGAAAAGAAUAGAUGAAUGUAGUGAGGAUAAUGAAAUUUGUAGUCUUUCAAGUUUGUUUCCAUUAUUAAUUUGAUUUCUUAAUUUUAA